UCUGCCUGCUACUCGCUAUGCCGCUGCCCAUUGCUCUGCAGACCCGCUUGGCCAAGAGAGGCAUCCUCAAACAUCUAGAGCCCGGAAAAAGGUUCCCCAUCCCUGUCUUAUCUGAACCCAGGAACAGGACAGAUUUAGAACCAGAGGAAGAGAUCAUUGCUGAGGACUACGAUGAUGAUCCCGUGGACUAUGAGGCCACCCAGUUGGAGGGCCUGCCACCCAACUGGUACAAGGUGUUUGACCCUUCCUGCGGACUCCCUUACUACUGGAAUGUGGACACAGACCUGGUGUCCUGGCUCUCCCCACAUGACUCCAACUCCAUCGUUACCAAAUCUGCUAAGAAACUCAGGAACAAUAAUGCAGAUGCUGAGGAGAAGUUGGACCGGAGCCACGAGAAAUCGGACCGGGGCCAUGAGAAAUCCGACAGGAGCCACGAGAAGUCUGACCGGAGCCACGAGAAAUCAGACAGAGACCAUGAACGUGGCUAUGACAAGGUGGACAGAGAAAGAGAGCGGGACAGGGAUCGGGACAGGGACCGGGACAGGGACCCUGACCGUGGAUAUGACAAGGUGGACAGGGAAGAGGCCAAAGAACGGCGCCACCAUCGCCGGAAAGAGCUGGCUCCCUACCCCAAGAGCAAGAAGGUUUCAAGCUGGAAGGAUGAAGAGUUAGACUCAAUGGACCCCAGCGCAUACUCAGAUGCACCCUGGGGCACCUGGUCAACAGGACUCCCCAAGUGGAACGAGGCUAAGACGGGUGCAGACAUGACAGCCACCGGGCCCCUCUUCCAGCAACGUCCCUACCCAUCCCCAGGGGCUGUGCUCUGGGCCAAUGCUGAGGCCUCCCGAACCAAGCAGUAG